UGCUAACAGUUAGCUUCUACUAGCCAAGACGUGAUUUGCUCUUUCCAGGACGCUAAACCAACAACAGCCUUCUCCAUUGUGAGCCAAAAUGGCUGGCUGCUCAACAACAUCUAAGUCUAACUGGAAGCACAUUCUCCAGCUGGCAUCCAAAUCUUUCACCCCCCUGCCAGAGCUGGGGUGGUGGGGGUGGCGGAAAGUCCCGCCUUGCCUCCGGCCCCUGGAGCAUCAUCAGAUUCGGGCGCGCUGUCAGCCAAUGAGCCGAGCUGCAGAUGCAAGCAGAGAAGACGGCUCUGCAAACUGGGACGGACACAUUCCGACCAGAGGGAUUACAAUCAGAAUCCACUGCUAAUCUGCAUCAGACAAAAAUGGAGAAUAAAAUGACAAACUUCUGUGGAAAAUGGAAAAUGAAGUCUUCUGAAAACUUUGAGGAACUUUUGAAAGCGCUGGGUGUGAACGUGUUCCUAAGGAAGAUUGCAGUGGCGGCUGCUUCCAGUCCGACUGUAGAAAUCACUCAGCAAGAAGAAAUGCUCUCCAUAAAGACAUCCACCAGCGUUCGCACUACCCAUGUGUCCUUCACUGUGGGUCAGUCGUUCGACGAGACCACCGUGGACGGCCGGCCCUGCACGAGUUUUCCAAAGUGGGAAACGGAUCAAAAGAUCAGCUGUGAACAGACUUUACUGAAAGGUGACGGGCCAAAGACAUCCUGGACCCGAGAACUGACCACCAAUGGAGAGCUCAUACUGACAAUGACUGCUGGGGAUGUGGUCUGCACCAGGGUUUAUGAGAGGGAAUGAGGACGUAUGUUUCAUUGUACCGUUACACAGUACUUCUUUUUGCAUGGCUUACAUUGACUUGGUUUGCUUUCUUCAUCUUCAUGCUCCUACCAAGAACUGAUUGGUCUUUCUCAAAGGUGAACUCUGCAGGGAGCAAGCUGCCUUAUGGGCUCGACACACGGGAGGCGACAUCGCCUCUCCUCCAUUCAUUUUCAAUGAGACAUGCGCGACAAAGCGAUAAUCGCGGGUCUCCCUCCUACCAAGCGAAACGCGAAAAACGUGCGUGUGAAAUUUUGCGCUCGUGCACGUGUCGUGCACAGGCGACCCAGCGACGCAAUCCCAGAAAUUUGAAACAUUUUCAACUUUUCAUCGCUGUCGCUCGGACGAGGACCAAUCAACGGAGGUUUCAUUCACUGACCAAUGAGCAAACAUGGAGAAGUUGAUUAUUAUGUUUUAUAUAGUAAAAUCAGGAGUAAGAUUUCACAUAACUCUAGCAGCACUUAGUGAAACAUCAUAUCUACCGCUUUUUUAACUCUGAACCGCUUAAAUAACCUUAAUUCCCUCCAACCUGACACAGCCAAACAAAACAUCGGAAUUUUCGAUUUCGCCAUGGAACAGAACGCCUAGACGGUUUUGCCGCUGGCCGCUGCCGCGGAUCGCCUCCCGUGUGUCAGGUAAUAAAAGCGACAGAGACAAAUUUCGCUGAUCGCGGUCGUUUGUCGCCUCCCGUGUGUCGAGCCCAUUAGUCAUCAGUUUCACUCUAGAUGAUUGAUUUAGCCAAGUUUUACAUUCCGUAUAAAUCUCUUUCAGCAGUAUGUAUCUUCUUUUUUAAGAUAAUAAUAAACAAUUUUACAUGAAA